AUGACAGAUAUUCCAGACAAGAGUUGGAUGCAAUACCAUAGAAGUGAUAACAGAUACCUUGAUGGGAUAUAUCUUUUUGUGAACUGGGCUCGUAAGAACAAUAAUGGGAAUGUCUACUACCGUUGCCCGUGCGUAGAUUGUUGUAACCACAAAACGGUGACAGAACACAACUUGUAUGCACACUUGUCUUGUAGGGGUAUAAUGAGCACUUAUACAGUAUGGGACCAUCACGGUGAAGUUUCAAAUGAAGCAAACAUGAGUGAGCUUCGAAGGCGAUACAUUCAGCAAAGGGCAUCUUCUAGUGGUGAUGUCGGUCCUUCCAUGAACCCAAUCACAGAGCUUAUUCAUGAUUCUUUCCCGUAUUACCCUGGAUAUGAUCCUCAUGCAGUAGAUGACCCGACUACUGAUGGUGAGCCUACGUUUAGUGAUGUUGUAGAUGAUGAUUAUGAAAAGUAUGAUAGGCUUUUACAGGAAGCCCAGACCCCAUUGUAUGAUGGUAGCACUGAGACAGUUUUGAGUGCCGUCUUAAAAGCAAUGCAAUUGAAAGUAGAUAAUGGAUUGUCUGACAAAAGUAUUAACGACAUAUGUACUUAUAUCAAAGACUUGCUUCCUCCUGGACACAUUUUUCCCCUUAAUAUGCAAAGGAUUAAAAAGAUCUUGAAAGAUAUCGGUUUGGGUUAUGAAACAAUUGAUGCAUGUGAGUAUAAUUGUGUGUUGUUUUACAAAGAUAACAAAAGUCUUCAUUAUUGUCCUAAAUGCCUAACUCCAAGAUGGAUGCCACAUGAAGAAGGUAGGAAGAACACUAAAAUUGCCCGGAAAGUGAUCCGUUACUUCCCUCUGACCAAAAGGUUGAAGCGUUUGUACAUGUCGCCGCACACUGCAAAGGCAAUGAGGUGGCAUGGAGAGAGGCGUGUAGAUGAUGAUGACUCUCUCAAACACCCGGCAGAUGGAGAGGCAUGGCAACAUUUUGAUAGAUCAUUUCCUGGUUUUGCCCACGACACUCGAAAUGUGCGUCUUGGACUUGCAACAGACGGUUUCAAUCCUUUUGGAACAAUGGGAACCUUGCAUAGCACGUGGCCUGUUGUUGUGAUACCGUAUAAUUUGCCUCCAUCAAUGUGUAUGAAGAAGGAAUUUAAUAUGCUGGCUUUGUUGAUUCCAGGUCCUAAGUCUCCAGGAAAAUGUCUUAGUGUGUUUAUGGAGUCAUUGAUCGACGAGCUCAUAACAUUAUUCACGCAUGGAGUCCAUACUUUUGAUCGGUAUGACGGAUCCACUUUUAUGAUGAAAGCAGCAGUUUUGUGGACAAUCAGUGACUUUCCAGGUUUAGGAAUGUUGGCAGGCUCAUGUACCCAUGGGUAUAAGGCGUGUCCUAUUUGUUUGGAUGAUGUUUGCUCAGAACACAUAUGUGGGAGGAUGGUAUAUGAGGGUCACCGCAGAUGGCUACCCCAAGACCACCAUUGGCGAUCUGUUGGCCACGCAUUUAAUGGGUUCAGUGAAUUUAGGCCAAGACCCUCUACUCUGUCUGGUGAGGAAAUUUGGGCAAAAAUAAACGCUCAUGAUUUCAAUUAA